GAUGCUGCAAAAUUGUUAAUUGGUUAUUGAUAUUGGUCAUUUGAACAGUUUAUAUUUUAUUGUGAGUGGUAGAGUUGAUUGGUUUGCGGAGUCAACUCCUAAUUCGACCACGAAUUAUCACACUCCAGCAUCGAUUGGUGACGAUGAAAUUAAUGAUGAGGAGUACAUUCCAUCAACAGAGUCUGAUGAGGAUGGGGAGGAGGAAGAAGAAGCUGAUGAGCGGGAGUCAGUUCGAGUGGAUUAUGGGACAUUUGCAGAGCAUAUUGCUUGGAUACGCCGGGAGGGGGGAAUUGGCGAGCUUAUGUCCAUGAUAAUGCAAACGAACCUACGAGGUCUAGCUGAAGAUAUAGGCCAAGAAGCGGCGCAGGAGAUGAGCAAUUGGUUAGUUCCUGUUAUCCCAGAAGAUUUCUCAGUGAAUCUUUUUGCUGGUAAACUUGAUGACAUACCAGAUCCUGAUGAGCUAAGCGAAGGUUCGAUGUUCGAAAGUAAAGAACUGCUUAAGAUAGCUGUAGGCUUAUGGCAUUUGGAUCGUCGAGCCGAAUUCAUCAUUCCUCGAUCUGACUUGGAUAGGAUUACGUUCAAAUGCAAAUAUCGGACUCAGUGUCCAUUUCAGUUACGAGCCACUCAGCAGGGAUUUUUUUGGUUUAUUCGAAAGUUCGGUCCUGCCCAUACUUGCAUUGCGGACCUGGUAAAUACUGGCGUGCGAAAGGUUCAUGCUCGAGUCAUUGCAGCGCAUAUUGCAAAGAAAAUACGUGAGGAUGGUGAAAUUGUGAAGCCGAGGUCUAUUUAGCCGACUUGCAGAGGGAAUAUGGUGUCAAGAUCAGUUAUAGUGUAGCAAUGCGUGCCCGUAAUGGUGCUGUGGAGAUGAUUUAUGGGGGGCAUAAAGAAUCUUAUUCAUUACUCCCCGGCUAUUUGCACAUGUUGCGGACGUGUAAUCCCAGAUCGUUGACGGACUUGGAAAUUGAUUGUGAUGGUAGGUUCAAGCACCUUUUCGUGGCACUCGGUUCAUGUAGAGUUGCAUACAUUAUGUGCUUAAGGCCAAUAAUUGUGGUAGAUGGCACACACUUGAAGGGUCGUAACAAAGGUAUCUUGUUUGUUGCAGUCACGAAGGAUGGCAACGAACAAGUCUUCCCCCUGGCAUUCGGCAUUGGUCCUAUAGAGAAUGAUGAAUCAUGGACGUGGUUUUUGUCUCAUUUGAAGAUGGCUUAUGGUGAGAAUCCUGAGAUGUUGAUUAUUUCGGACGUACAUGUUAGCAUAGGGAACGCUGUGAAUUCGGUAUUUCCUGGUGUAUCACAUGGUUUGUGCUACUACCAUCUACUCAACAAAAUCACUCGAUUUGGCAAGGCAGCAGUUGCGCUAUAUCAGAAAGCUGCUUUUGCAUAUAGAGAAAGUGAGUUUCAUGCUACGAUGGCAAGCUUAAAGGCUCUUAGGGAAGAAGGUGGAGCUUAUUGCAAAUUGAUGCAGGUUGGCCCAGAAAAAUAGGCAAGGUGUAAGUGCCCUGUUCGACGCUAUAGUUUUCUCACAUCAAAUAUUGCCGAAUCGUUCAAUUCUCGUUUGUUGUGGGCAAGAAGGCUGCCUAUAUGCUCCAUGGUUGAGGCAAUCCGUCACAUCAUAGAGAAAUGGUUUGAUGAAAGACAUGAAGCUGCAAAGUCAUUUUCUGCUUAUGUUACACCGGAGGCGCUACGCAAGCUCACUGUUGAAUUGGAGAGAUCACGGAGAUAUGAGGUCGUUGCCAUGUCCCCAUCUAUUUUCAAGGUUAAGAGUUCCAACAAAACAUUCAAAGUGAAUCUAGAAACGCAAUCGUGCACUUAUGUGAAGUGGGAUAUGAACAUGGUACCAUGUUCGCAUGCAGUUGCAGCCAUCAGGCAUAUAGGUGAUGAUAUAUCUAAGCACGUUGGGGAUUAUUAUCAAGCUGCAAAACUACGUGAGGCGUACUCCUAUCGAGUCAAUUCAGUACCGCCACUUGCUUCAUGGAUGAUUCCUGCAAAUAUUCAAGGUCUUGUCAUUGAUCUUCCUAAAAUAGGUCGACAAUCUGGACGUCCGAAGACUACACGCCAUCGAGGACCAACUGAGAGAACUACACAAAGACAAAGAGCUGGAUCAGAGAAUGCUCCUUCGAGUAGCACCAAUCGUGCCCCAAGAACAUGUAGUUUGUGUGGAUUUGAAUCGCACACUAGAGACAUAUGUCCUUAUUUGGUGAGCAUUGACUGAUAUAUUGGAGGAUGGUUGUUAUCCUCAACUUUAUCCAAGUUAUCUGCAUUUCAUUAAUUGUAAGUGACAUAUCUUUGAUUUCCGGAUUAAUAUUUAUAUUUGUGCAAUUAUUAGG